GUUGGAUCUCCUCUCUCUCUCUCUCUCUCUCUCUCUCGCAUAUAUAAACCUCCGGAGCACUCAUUGCCUCCCAAAUCUCUAAUCGCUUACUCCCCAUCUUCUUUCAGUUUUCAUUUCUCACUCCGUGAUUAUCCUGAUUUCAGAUUUCUCGUCUACCACAGGAAAAAUGAGAGAGAUCCUUCAUGUUCAGGGUGGACAGUGCGGGAACCAGAUUGGUUCCAAGUUCUGGGAAGUUGUUUGUGAUGAGCAUGGGAUUGAUCCAACAGGAAGGUACGUUGGGACCUCAGAUCUGCAGCUGGAGCGUGUCAAUGUCUACUAUAAUGAAGCUUCUUGUGGCCGAUUUGUUCCCCGAGCUGUGCUCAUGGAUUUGGAGCCUGGCACUAUGGACAGUGUUCGCACUGGUCCAUAUGGCCAGAUCUUCCGUCCUGAUAACUUUGUUUUUGGACAAUCUGGUGCUGGAAACAAUUGGGCCAAGGGGCACUAUACUGAGGGUGCGGAGCUUAUUGAUGCUGUUCUUGAUGUUGUGAGAAAGGAAGCCGAGAACUGUGACUGUCUUCAAGGUUUUCAAGUGUGCCAUUCCUUGGGAGGAGGAACCGGUUCUGGAAUGGGUACCUUGCUUAUCUCAAAAGUUCGGGAGGAGUACCCUGACAGGAUGAUGCUUACAUUCUCUGUGUUCCCAUCACCAAAGGUUUCAGAUACAGUAGUUGAGCCAUACAAUGCUACACUUUCUGUUCAUCAGCUUGUUGAGAAUGCAGAUGAAUGUAUGGUGCUGGAUAAUGAGGCUUUAUAUGAUAUCUGCUUCCGGACUCUUAAAUUGACUACUCCUAGCUUUGGUGACCUGAACCACUUGAUCUCUGCAACCAUGAGUGGGGUUACUUGCUGCCUCAGGUUCCCUGGUCAACUAAACUCUGACCUCCGAAAACUUGCUGUAAAUCUGAUUCCCUUCCCUCGUCUCCACUUUUUCAUGGUUGGGUUUGCUCCUUUGACCUCCCGUGGGUCCCAGCAGUAUCGUGCCCUAACUGUACCAGAACUGACCCAACAAAUGUGGGAUGCCAAGAAUAUGAUGUGCGCAGCUGACCCAAGGCAUGGGCGCUACCUGACCGCCUCUGCCAUGUUUAGGGGCAAGAUGAGCACCAAGGAAGUGGAUGAGCAAAUGAUUAAUGUUCAGAAUAAGAACUCUUCCUACUUUGUGGAGUGGAUUCCAAACAAUGUGAAAUCAAGCGUGUGUGACAUUCCACCCAGGGGACUUUCCAUGGCAUCCACCUUCAUUGGCAAUUCAACUUCCAUCCAAGAAAUGUUCAGGAGAGUCAGUGAACAGUUUACUGCCAUGUUCAGGAGGAAGGCUUUCUUGCACUGGUAUACUGGUGAAGGAAUGGAUGAAAUGGAAUUCACUGAAGCUGAGAGCAAUAUGAAUGAUCUUGUGUCGGAGUAUCAGCAGUACCAGGAUGCCACUGCUGAUGAGGAAGGGGAGUAUGAGGAGGAGGAGGAAGAAGGAAUAGAGCAGAUGUGAAGUUGAAUGGUAUGGUAAAUAUAAGGCCAAUUUUCCUUGCCACAGCACUAUGGUAUAUGAAGCGUCGCUAUGUUUUACCCCGUUUCUCUGUGAAGAUUAAUUUUUUUUUUUUUUUUUUUAUAUGGGGGAUGUUGUUACUUAGUUUUGUGUGGAGAAAGAUGGGUCAAUGAACAUCACUUGGAGAGUGUAAAAUGUCUAAUCUUAUCUCUCCAAGUUAUAUAGUCUGAAUGGUGGUAUAUGAAGCAGAAAAGGUCUGCCCGAUCUUUGCCAGCAGUCGCGCUUUACUAAUCUGUUUGUUCCAUAUUUGUUUAUUUUCUUCACCGUAUCCAUUAUUGUUUUUGCCAUAUUAGUUGGUUUUUAUGAUAUCAUGUAGCUUUGCGGGUUCUCGU